AUGGUCGUCACGCCACGAAAGAUGAAACAGGUUGCCUUUUCCGUGAUUUGUAUAAUAUUAGGUAAAUAUUUUGAUUGCAAUGCAAAUUAAUUCUUCGCAGCUGUGACUGGUUGUCCUUGAGCGAUAAUGUCACAUAUCUUCUUGCAGUGUUAGGAUUUUACAAAACGUUAGUCAAUCCAGAAGAUGAACAAUCUUUUACCCGACUACAUCCGAGAGAUCGGAAAUCUCGCUUAGGGGAUAUAAACGAGAUUGACUCUGUCAAUGAAAAAGUUCAAGAGACUGACGACAAUGUACGUUACACGGAUAUCAAAAAUAUCGAAGAAGCAAAAAUACGGAUUCGUGAAUUAGAGGGUAAAUUGCAACAUCUUGAAGCCAAGAUUGAGAACAAGGUGUCGAAAGAUUUCCCAACGGUCAAAUUCCUGAACUAUAAAAACCGAAAAAGGAUAUUGGUCACAGGCGGUGCAGGCUUCGUUGGGUCACAUUUGGUUGACCGUUUAAUGCUUGCUGGCCACGAAGUAAUAGUUGUAGAUAACUUUUUUACUGGAAGAAAGCGUAAUGUUGAACAUUGGGUUGGCCAUGAGAACUUUGAACUUGUUCACCAUGACAUUGUCAGACCUCUUUACCUAGAGGUUGAUGAGAUAUAUCAUCUUGCUAGCCCAGCUAGUCCACCACAUUAUAUGCUUAAUCCAGUCAAAACAAUAAAAACAAAUACGUUAGGUACAAUAAAUAUCUUAGGUCUUGCAAAAAGGGUAGGAGCAAGAGUUUUAAUAGCUAGUACAUCCGAGGUUUAUGGAGAUCCUAAUGAGCAUCCUCAGUCAGAGACUUACUGGGGCCAUGUGAAUCCUAUAGGUCCAAGAGCUUGUUACGACGAAGGGAAACGUGUAGCGGAAACAUUAAGCUACGCGUACAUGAGACAAGAGGGUGUCUCGGUGCGCGUUGCUCGAAUUUUUAAUACAUUUGGGCCAAGGAUGCAUAUGAACGACGGUCGUGUAGUUUCGAAUUUUAUUCUGCAGGCAUUACAGAAUGAUUCAAUUACGAUAUAUGGCAGUGGGAAACAGACGCGAUCUUUUCAAUACGUAUCUGAUUUAGUCGAUGGAUUAGUUGCCUUAAUGGCGUCUAAUUAUACUCAACCAAUAAACAUUGGAAAUCCUGAACUAGUUGGUACUAAUAGUAAGAUAGUCGAACUUGCCGCAGUCGAAGAUGAUCCACAACGAAGGAGACCCGAUAUUAGUAGAGCUAAGAAGUAUUUGAAUUGGGAACCGAAGGUUCCUCUAGCCGAAGGACUUAAAACGACGAUAAUGUACUUCGCUAAGGAAUUAAAAAAGACGAAGCAUUCUCAAAAAAAUAGUAUCAAACAAACGUCUUACAAGAACGAUCAUGACAUAGUAGAACAACUCUAG